CCCUUAUGUUUCUUGGCCCUAAUCGCAGCAGCCGUUGGUUGGUGGUCGUUGUCGUUGCCCUGCAUCGGUGAUUUUGCAUUAAAAUCGCAAACGUUACAUUCCGUCUGCACAUUCCUGCCAUUCAGUACGACCAUCGUCGGUGUUCCCGUGUCCGAGAGUAAUGUAACCCCCCCCAGUUCGUUGCGUGAAACGGGAGAUGUUGCUAGUGGGGCGAAGGAAAACGGAAACAUGGGUGCACAGUUUUUCGGUGGGCGAUGAAACGCGCAAGUACAAGGGCUUCACCAUCUAUCGCAUCACUUCGAUUGUAUUUCCCCGAUCGCAUCCCGAAGGCCUUACCCGUGUCACCUUAUGGAAGCGUUUCAGCGAGGUGAAAAAGCUCUACAAAGAGCUCGCACGACGCCACCGUGAACGGCAUCUACCCGGCACGGUCCCAGCACUGGCGGAACAUUCCUACUUUAAACGAUUCGAUCCCGCGGUCAUCGAAGAGCGCAAACAGUACAUCUUGCAGCUGUUGGAAUUUGCUGGCCAGGAGCCGCUGCUGUAUCGGUCGCACGCCUUUCUUAGCUUUUUCACCCGCGGCAUUGUGCCGGAGAAGGAGGGCUCGGAGGCGUGCGUUCUAGAGCCGACAGACGAUGAGGGCGAGCCGGUGAAGCAGAAGAGCGCGUCAAGCAAUGGAGGUGGCAAUAUCGAGACAAUAAGAAAGCAACUGGGUAUAGGGCAUUCGGAUGAGCUGAGCCUGAUCGAUCCGAGUCGCGAUGGACAGGACGGUGGCACGGGUACGGAUGGUUCGUGUACGAGUGGUGGUGAGGAAGCCGAUGAAGGUGAUACGAUCGAUGGAAAUGUUAUCAUCAGUCGACACAUAGGUGCGAACCCUGCUCCAUUACCGUUGGCCAGCGCUGGCGGGUCACUAAACGAUUCAAUGAUUUCCGAAACAGCAUCAAGCACCACGUCCGAACCAGAACGGCAGCAGCAGCAGCCGGUGGGCGAAACCAUGGCAACCAUGGUGGAUGUAGAGCCGGCCAUGGAUUAUCUCGUAGCCGCCGCAAUGAUAUUUAGCAAGGCGGUUGAAGCAGAAGCAAACGGUGACUAUCAGCGCGCAUUCGAACAGUACAAGGCGGGCAUCGAUCGGUUGCUGAGCGGCGCGAAAGAUGAUGCCAACGUGACGCGCCGUAAAAUUGCCAAAGAAAAGAGCUGCAAAUAUGUCGCGAAAGCGGAGGAAAUCUACGAACGGUUCCUGGAGCAGUCGGUGGGCUCGAACCCGGACGAGCAGCUGACGAUGGGUCCGCUUACGUACGACGAUCCGAGCUCACCGAUCCAGCUGCUGGAACGGCCGCUCAACUAUCUUUCCCGCUACAAGGUGGUGAAGGUGAUCGGGACGGUAAUGCAGGUGCAGGAUGUAACGGACAAGAAGUUUUACAUCAUGAAAAGCAUCCGGCGGCCACCACCGGCCGGUAUACCGUUCUCGAGUGCGGCCGUCUUCCCGCAGGAUGUGCCUUACAUGGUGCCGCUGAUUGCCUACUUUCAGGCGUCGGAUGGGGGCAUUUUCUUGCUGCUGCGGUUGGUGUGUGCUGGCAAGCUGUGGGAUUUCAUCCAAUCUUACCGUAAGCCGGCGAGCUAUUGCCCAUUGCCGGAAGAGUUGGCAAUGGGAAGUGAAGAGAUUACGGAUGGCAAGUUGACGGUUUCGGAGGAAACGGUCGAUGGCACCGUGGAAGACGCGAAGUCCGUGCAAAUGGAGCCGAAUUGCUCUGGGUACGAUUCCGGGUUUCUGGAACUGGUCAAUGAGUAUAGCAACGGUGCAGAUUGUAGUAGCGUUAAUGGAGGGAGCUUGGAAGACCAAAAUGAAGAGACGGAUGAGGUUGCAUUGGAAGCGCGACCAGAUGAAGAGAAAGAGCACGACGAUGAAAAGCAACCGGAGGAACCGGAGCUCAUCAUUCCCUCGUUCGAUGCACUUUCGAAGGACAUGGACGUUCGCGAGCUGCUUUCCUGCAGCCAACGGUUACUGAAGGCCGUCACACAAACGCUGGAAGAAUCGGGCGAGCAUUCGAAUGUUGCCACCCAGCCGGAUUCUAGCAGCAAGGCAACGGCAACCUCAACACCCUCCGAGGGGCAGGAACAUAGCAAAUCUCACUCUAGUCAAUUAGGUUUAGCGAGACUGCCAAGUAUUAGCGAAACGACAUGCGUUAACGAGCCGACGCCGGAUCUUCUACCGGAAGGUAGCGUUCGACGAUGGAUCAGCGAGCUGGUGAUCGCGGUCGAUAGUUUACAUUUUAACGGUAUUGUGUGCGGUGAUCUCACCAUGGAUAAUCUCUUGCUCGGCCCGGAGGGACAGCUGAUGCUGACGUACUUUCAUCGACGGGGUGAAUCGUACUUCUACCAAUCGGGCGGCGCUCAACCGGCUCCGAAGCAAACCGCGAUCCGGGAGCUGUACGUCGCACCUGAGCGACCACUCGAACCAAAGUCCGACUUCUGGUCGAUCGGCGUCAUUAUGUUCGAGAUGCUGACCAAGCGCAAGUUCGUAUCGUGCCAUCCGUCGGGUGUGUUCUGCUAUCACGAGGUACAGUACCCCGAGGGUGUGGAGCUAUCGACGGAGGCACGCGCACUGCUGGAAGGAUUACUGCAGCCGGACGUCGAGCGGCGACUAGACUUUAAGCAAAUCAUUGCAAGUGCAUUCUUCCGCGCAGUCGACUGGAGCGAGGUAAAACGGCGCGGAGUCUCAAUGAACAGCCCCCAUGCUGGAUGCUGAUAGGCCAAUCCUUUCCAUGUAGUUUGUACGUAUGAAAAUGAGCUGUGUAUGUGUGUUUAGGAUGCAACAGCGAACAAUAAACAAACAGUUUGAUUAUGUAUUCUCCAAA